GGCAACAGCUACGGCAGCAACAGAGCCAGUACACUCCCCUUCUCUCUUCCCUCGUGAUCUGGGCUCCGCGGAGGAGGGUGGCAGAGGGCACCGUGCCCCCCUGCUGAGGAGCACCGUCUCUGGGGACCCAACCCCGCACCAGCCCCUCCUGUGCCUGGAUCAGCUCCGGCUUUUUUCUGUUGUUGUGGAUAACGAGGAACGAGGCGUGAGAGGGGGUGUGUGUGUGUGUGUGCGUGCGUGCGUGCGUGUGCGUCCGUGUGCGUCCGUGUGUGUGUGUGUUUACACGCAAGCCACUGAGUGGCGAGGAGAGCGCGACAGAGAUAGAAGAGAGACAGAAUCAGAGGAGGAGCGAGCGGAACGAGUGGAGAGAAAGGCAAACGGGGAUGAGUGGCAGGUUUGGCACGGCUGCCGAUGCCAGGGUCUGAGCGUGAGGGAGGCGGGAACGGAGAGGAGGAGAGAGAGGGAGGGCGGCGCUAGAGAGACACACAGAGCGAGGGGGAGAAGGAGAGAGAGCCGAGGAGUUGAAGGCUGGCACGCUUGGAUUCGGCACUGGCAACUUAUGUGCAGACGGCGCGGGGAAGACAGAGACAACACAGACACACACACUUUCCCACCGAGAGCCGUGCCAAUGAGGAGGAACCGCAGACCACACUCCAGUCCCGGGUGUAUGGUGCACUGACCCUGCCUGGGAUAGGCAAGGAGUCAGAGGACCCGGGCCAUGAUUGGUUCCCCUGGUCCUGGCGGCCGUGGCGUUGAGCCCCGGGCGGGGCGGUGGCAGUGGGUCGUGACCUCCCUCCUGGUGACCGCCUCCCUGCUGAUGCCGGAGGGCGGCCUGGCGUGCCCGCCGCGAUGCGAGUGCUCGGCCCAGCUGCGGUCGGUGUCCUGCCAGCGGCGCCGCCUCACCGCCGUCCCCGAGGGCAUCCCCACGGAGACCCGCCUCCUGGACCUCAGCAGGAACCGGCUGCGCGGCGUGCAGGCGGCGGACCUGGCGCCGUACCCCCGCCUGGAGGAGGUGGACCUCAGCGAGAACCUCAUCGUCACCCUGGAGCCCAACGCCUUCGCCAACCUGCAGAACCUGAAGGUGCUGAAGCUCCGGGGCAACCAGCUGAAGCUGGUGCCCAUGGGCGCCUUCGCCAGGCUGGGGAACCUGACCAGCCUGGACCUGAGUGAGAACAAGAUGGUGAUCCUGCUGGACUACACCUUCCAGGACCUGAGGAACCUUAAACACCUGGAGGUGGGCGAUAACGACCUGGUCUACAUCUCCCACAAGGCGUUCUCCGGCCUGCUGGGCCUGGAGGACCUGACGAUAGAGCGCUGUAACCUGACGUCCAUCUCGGGCCCCACGGUGUCCUACCUCCGCAGCCUGGUCACCCUGCGGCUGCGCCACCUCAGCGUCGCCGCCCUGGAGGACCAGAACUUCCGCAAGCUGUCCAACCUGCGCGGCGUGGAGAUCGACAACUGGCCCUACCUGGAGCACGUCUCCCCGCAGAGCUUCCAGGGCCUGGACCUGCGGUGGCUGUUCAUCACCAACACCAACAUCACGUCGGUGCCCUCCGCCUCCUUCAAGAACCUGGUGCACCUCACCCACCUCAACCUGUCCUACAACCCCAUCAGCUCCCUGGAGCCCUGGGCCUUCAAGGACCUGCUGCGGCUGAAGGAGCUGAUCAUGGUGAACACGGGCCUCAUGACCGUGGAGCCCCACGCCCUGGGCGGCCUGCGGCAGAUCCGCGUGCUCAACUUCUCCGCCAACGACCUGCAGACGCUGGAGGAGGGCGCCUUCCACUCGGUCAACAGCCUGGAGACGCUGCGGGUGGACGGGAACCCGCUGCUGUGCGACUGCCGCCUGCUCUGGAUCCUGCAGCGGCGCCGCACCCUCAACUUUGACGGCAGGGUGCCGGUGUGCGCGGGCCCCGCGGAGGUGCAGGGCCACAGCCUGAGCACCUUCACCGACUCGGCGCUCUUUGAUCACUUCACCUGCCAGAAGCCCAAGAUCCGCAACCGCAAGAUGCAGCAGGUGGUGACGCGCGAGGGCCAGCCCGUCAGCUUCCUGUGCCGCGCCGAGGGGGAGCCCGUGCCCGCCAUCAUCUGGAUCUCCCCGCAGCGGCGCCGCAUCACGGCCAAGAACUCAGGCCGCAUCACGGUGCUCCCGAGCGGCACGCUGGAGAUCCGCUACGCCCAGCUCACCGACAGCGGGACCUACAUCUGCAUCGCCAGCAACGCCGGCGGCAACGACACCUACUUCGCCACGCUGACGGUGCGCGGCCAGCCCCUGGACACCGCCUCCGCCUUCUUCCUCAACCGCUCGCUGUACGCCGGCGACUUCCUCAACGACACCGACCGGAACGGCACGCGCGUGUUCCUCAAGUUCACCCUGGACCUGACCACCAUCCUGGUGUCCACGGCGAUGGGCUGCAUCACCUUCCUGGGAGUGGUGCUCUUCUGUUUCCUGUUGCUGUUCGUGUGGAGCCGGGGACGCGGCCAACGCAAGAACAACUUCACAGUGGAGUACUCUUUCCGGAAGUCGGAGCCGGCGGUCGGCGGCACCACCAGCGGCGCCCGGAAGUUCAACAUGAAGAUGAUCUGAAACAACGCGGCCAGGGGUCCCUCGGGGGAGGCGUGAGCACGUCCCACGCAAACGUGUUUGACAAACAACAAGCGCACACAGCUGCUGACUCGCAAAUGUCUGUCUUUUGUCUGAGCACGCUCAGUAGGUGGCCCCUACUUGAAUUUGUCAAACCAUGAGUCGCGGUUGGUUUGAGUUGUGGAGGACUCGUUUAAAUCACGCUGACUGCACUGCCUCUCACACGCUUAUUCAGCUUGUGGUUCAUCAACAAAGGGUGAAGAUGAGGAUCUGCUAUAUAGAUUUGUUUCAAACGUUUUAGUCGGAUAAGUAUACUACAAUUUUAGAGUCAUAAGAUAAGUUUAAUUUGGCAUGCUAACUGGGCUUUGGAUAGUGGUGUCAUGUCAUGUCUUACACUCCAAUGACAAAACAAACAAAGGCUUUUGUUUCUUUUCUGGGUUUUUCUAAAUUAGCAUGGGGAUUUCAAUUAAAAUUUCAACAGACAUGGCUACCACCCAGUAAAACAGUUUCACAGCUUUGCUUUUGUAAAACUCCUGCCUUGCUCAAGAUCUUUGGCAACAUUUUGAGACACAAUUAUAUUCAAUUAUAGAGUCCCGUGGGCUUAAACAUGAAUAAAAGACUCCCUUUUGUAAGACGGUUUGAACAUGUCUCCUAUAGUAUUUCUAUAGCUGAUCUACUGAGCGGCCCCCGUCCGCUCAGACCCCUGCUGAAUGGUGAGGAAGGUGGUGUAGGAUCAACGACGUCCACCGUGGUCGAUUGGGUUGAGAUGCGGCACAAUGCUAGCAGCAAACGUUCCCCUUCCGCCGACCGCGGCCCGCCGUCGGAGGCGCGUGUUUGCGACGAGGUGAGCUGUGUGCGUUUGGGACGAGCGCACCGACCGGCCACAACAAACGACCCACCGGGGCCGCAGCAGCCCGUGUCUCCGAGGGGUUUGGUUAGGAAGUCAAGCCCGACGGACACACGGGCUGCCUGGUCGCCGUGGCAACCGACAUAAGGGAGAGCAAAAGGGGGUUGGGGCGGGGUGGUAGGA